AUGUUUCUUUCAUUCUUUAUCUCUUUGUUUUUUUCUUUCUUUCUUGUUUUCCUUCUUUUUCUUUCCUUCUUUCCUUCUUUCUUUCUUUCUUUCUUUCUUUCUUUUUCUUUCCUUCCUUCCUUUCGAUUUUUUGAGAUCUUUCUCCUUUUUCUUUGGAUUCGAAUUUCUCUAAUGUUUCUUUCACUAUUUAUCUUUGUUUUUUCUUUCAUUCUUGUUCCCUUUUUUCUUUUCAUUUUUCUUUCUUUUUCUUCUUUCUUUCUUUCUUUCUUUCUUUCUUUCGAUUUUUUGUGCUUUUUCUCCUUUGGAUUUGAAAUUCCUCUUUUCAUUAUCUAUCUAUCUAUCUAUCUAUCUCAGUCUGUUCAUAUUUAUCUAUCUGUCUUAUCUUCAAAUCUAUCUCAGUCUGUUCAUUAUCUAUCUAUCUAUCUAUCUAUCUAUCUAUCUAUCUAUCUAUCUAUCUAUCUAUCUAUCUAUCCUAGGGCUACUGAUAUCUAUCUAUCUAUCUAUCUAUCUAUCUAUCUAUCUAUGCCUCUUCAUAUCUAUCUAUCUAUCUAUCUAUCUAUCUAUCUAUCUAUCUAUCUAUCUAUCCUAGGGCUACUGAUAUCUAUCUAUCACAGUCUGUUCAUAUUUAUCUAUCUGUCUAUCUAUCCUAUCAAUCUUCAAUUCUAUUUUAUUCUGUUCAUUAUCUAUCUAUCUAUCUAUCUAUCUAUCUAUCUAUCUAUCUAUGUCAUCUGUUCAUUAUCUAUCUAUCUAUCUAUCUAUCUAUCUAUCUAUCUAUCUAUCUAUCUAUCUAUCUAUCUAUCUAUCCUAGGGCUGUUGAUAUCUAUCUAUCUAUCUAUCUAUCUAUCUAUCUAUCUAUCUAUCUAUCAUAGGGCUACUGAUAUCUAUCUAUCUAUCUAUCUAUCUAUCUAUCUAUCUAUCUAUCUAUCUAUCUAUCUCAGUCUGUUCAUAUUUAUCUAUCUGUCUAUCUAUCCACCUAUCUUCAAAUCUAUCUCAGUCUGUUCAUUAUCUAUCUAUCUAUCUAUCUAUCUAUCUAUCUAUCUAUCUUACUCUUUUCAGUCUAUACUCCCAGCAACCCCUUGCGUCUUGUGA